AUGAAGAAAUGGGAGAGUUCAGACUUUGAAGAAUCUGAGGACCAGCCCCAAGAGGACUCCUGCCCAGACUCUAUGGAUGGAGACCCCAACUCCAGGCCAGCUACAAACAAUCCCCACAUCUUCCCCAAGAACCAGAGCCAGCGAUUUGGGAAAUGUGACUGGGAGGGGGCUUCUGCCAUGGACUGUUCACCUGAAGAAGGCAAGUUGGCAUCCUGCCCGACCAUAAGAAUCAGUCCUGCUAUCAUCAUCCAGAGGUCUACAGAUGGCCCCACCUACUCCAGGCUGCUGCCCCAGAAUUCGAUCCACGCGGGGACCAAGAACUUCCAGCUCUAUGAUCGCAGGAAGAUCUUUGAAGCGGUGGCCCAGAAUAACUGUGAGGAGCUGGAGAACCUGCUGCUCUUCCUGCAGAGGAGCAAGAAGCACCUCAUGGACAGCGAGUUCAAAGACCCGGAGACGGGGAAGACCUGUCUGCUGAAAGCCAUGCUAAACCUGCACGAUGGGCAGAACGACACCAUCCCCCUGCUCCUGGAGAUCGCCCGGCAGACCAACAGUCUGAAGGAGUUUGUCAACGCCAGCUACACGGAUAGCUACUACAGGGGCCAGACGGCGCUGCACAUUGCCAUCGAACGGCGGAACAUGGCUCUGGUGACACUCCUGGUGGAGAACGGGGCAGAUGUCCAGGCUGCAGCCAACGGUGACUUCUUCAAGCAAACCAAAGGGCGACCUGGCUUCUAUUUUGGUGAGCUGCCUCUCUCCCUGGCUGCAUGCACCAACCAGCUGGGCAUCGUGAAGUUCCUGCUGCAGAACUCCUGGCAGCGGGCAGACAUCAGUGCCAAGGACUCUGUGGGCAACACAGUGCUGCACGCGCUGGUGGAGGUGGCUGACAACACGGCCGACAACACCAAGUUUGUGACGAGCAUGUACAACGAGAUCUUGAUCCUGGGGGCCAAGCUCCACCCUACGCUGAAGCUGGAGGAGCUCACCAACAAGAAGGGGCUGACGCCGCUGUCUCUGGCUGCCAGGAGCGGGAAGAUUGGGGUUCUGGCUUACAUUCUGCAGAGGGAGAUCCGGGAGCCAGAGUGUAGGCACCUGUCCAGGAAGUUUACCGAGUGGGCCUACGGGCCUGUCCAUUCCUCGCUCUACGACCUGUCCUGUAUUGACACUUGUGAGAACAACUCGGUGUUGGAGGUGAUUGCCUACAGCAGCAGCGACACACCUAAUCGCCAUGACAUGCUCUUGGUGGAGCCACUGAACCGACUCCUACAGGACAAAUGGGACCGAUUUGUCAAGCGCAUCUUCUACUUCAACUUUUUUGUCUACUGCUUGUACAUGAUCAUCUUCACCACAGCAGCCUACUACAGGCCUGUGGAAGGCUUGCCUCCCUUUGAACUGAAACACACCGUUGAAGACUAUUUCCGAGUCGUUGGAGAGAUUCUUUCAGUGUUGGGGGGAGUCUACUUUUUUUUCCGAGGGAUUCAGUAUUUUCUGCAGAGGCGGCCGUCACUGAAAUCCUUGUUUGUGGACAGCUACAGUGAGAUUCUAUUCUUUGUGCAGUCACUGUUUAUGCUGGGAACUGUGGUACUGUACUUCAGCCGCUGCAAGGAGUAUGUGGCCUCCAUGGUGUUCUCCCUGGCCAUGGGCUGGACCAACAUGCUCUACUACACCCGUGGCUUCCAGCAGAUGGGCAUCUAUGCUGUCAUGAUUGAGAAGAUGAUCCUGAGAGACCUGUGUCGCUUCAUGUUUGUCUACCUCGUAUUCUUGUUCGGGUUUUCCACAGCUGUGGUGACGCUGAUUGAAGAUGGGAAGAAUACCUCAGUGGUGUCAGACUUCCCGUUGCCCAGGCGAGGAUGCCGGCCCCCCGACAGCAACUACAACAGCCUGUACUUCACAUGCCUGGAGCUUUUCAAGUUCACCAUUGGCAUGGGGGACCUGGAGUUCACCGAGAACUAUAACUUCAAGGCUGUUUUCAUCAUCUUGCUGCUGGCUUACGUGAUCCUCACUUACAUUCUCCUGCUCAACAUGCUCAUUGCCCUCAUGGGCGAAACUGUCAACAAGAUUGCGCAGGAAAGCAAGAACAUAUGGAAGCUGCAGAGAGCCAUCACCAUCCUGGACACGGAGAAGAGCUUCCUUAAGAGCAUGAGGCGGGCCUUCCGCUCAGGCAAGCUGUUGCAGGUGGGAUACACACCUGACGGCAAGGAUGACUACCGGUGGUGCUUCAGGGUGGACGAGGUGAACUGGACUACCUGGAACAACAAUGUGGGCAUCAUCAAUGAAGACCCAGGCAACUGUGAGGGCGUCAAGCGCACCCUGAGCUUCUCCCUACGCUCAGGCAGAGUUUCAGGGAGAAACUGGAAGAACUUUGCCCUCGUUCCUCUUUUAAGAGAUACGAGUGCCCGAGAAAGACAACCUGCUCAGCCGGAGGAAGUUCAGAUGAGGCACUUUGCAGGGUCCCUCAAGCCAGAAGAUGCUGAGCUCUUCAAGGACCCUGCUACCUUAGGGGAGAAGUGA